UCAGGACGCAGCUCGACAAAGAGCUGAAGUCGAAAAUUAUGAGGCUUAAAAAAUUUGACGGGCAGCACAUUGUGGUUCUCAAGUUUGAAGCAUAUUCGCUGAAUGACGAUGGCUCGACCGGCCCCCAGUUGUGCAGUCCUGUCUUUUCUAGUGAGGUAAUCAACCAAAGAUCAACCCAGAAUGGAGAAUUGAGGAUAUCUAAGAUUGGCAAGUCAUCAGAAUCUUGCAAAGGUGGUCACAGCAGAGAGACUGAUACUGAAAUGCUAAUGUUCACUAGUAAAGUAAAGAAAGGAGUCAUAGUUCGGUUUUUGGCGAUGGUGAAGGUGGGUAAACUGAUGUUGGAACGGAGAUUCAUGAACAGACUGCUGUUGCGUGUUGUAAUCCGCCUACAAGGAUCACACCUGGAGCACCAGUUGAUAUGUGGGUGCAACUAGUUCGAAAACCCGCCAAGAGCUCGUCUUCGGAAGACGUCAGUGAACCUGUGGAAAUGAAAUACGUACCCCAUGAUGAAGUGGAACGUGUUGGCACAAAGAGGCGCCGGAAUAUGGAGCAAGUACAGAUGGUAAUGUCAGAUGCCGGUUCCGGUUCUGGCUUCGAUAAUCCACAGACGGAUGAUCCUAUGAUGCAAGAAGCUGUACCAAGUUCUGAGGAUGACAACGACGACGAUGAGGAUUGUGUUUACGCGGAUUGUGCCACAAGACUAGCAAAGCCUAGACAGUUCAUGAAACCAGCAACUAUGGUGGAUACCACACAGAGAGUGAAAUUUGAAGCAGAUACAAAGCUGACUCGCAGCCAGGCUGUAGGUGAUGCGAGGCAUAAAGUUGAGAAGGAUGAGUACGGUAACACGGAGCUUCAUUCGGUCAUCUUGUCGAGGCGUCUGGAUGAAGUGAAAUCUGUUGUGAACAAGUUGCACCAGGUUAAAGACUUCGCUGCCGUCAACGCUCGAAACUGGUCGGCACAGUUGAGAAACAAUCUUAUAAGAUAUGACACUACCAGUGCAUUUAAAGGAAUAGGAAAGAUCAAGCCACUGAAAACUCUCCAGAAAACUCCAAAGUUUGCUGCUGUACUCUGCAGAAAAAGUCUGGAGCAGCACAUAAGACGUGUCAACUAUGAGGUUAAAAUCUGGAAGAGGGCCCACAUUGCUGAACCAGAUAUUCCAGAUGUGAAGGGUGACCAUGGAUGGGAGGUCAAGGAUGGAAAGCUGGAGCCGCUGUGGUACACAGGAGAUGUUCUGCCACAGCAGCUCAUCAACAUCGCUGUCGAACCACUGGAGUCUGACGACGAUGUGGAUUCAGAUGACUCGGAAACGGUAUACCAGCUGAGUGAGCUGACAGAUGUGCUAGAUCAGUUUAGUGGACAAAGCAGUGGUGAAAGCACAGACAGUGAUCUGGAUUGA